AUGGCGACCGCCACCUCCCGACCCUUUGAGUACCUUCAGAGCCUGCCGGGGGUGACCCUUCGCAAGCUGUACCAGCAGCCGUCCACCGCCCUAGCCAUCUUUCGGCGCAUGCUGCCUGAUCUGGCGAAAUGCUUUGUCAUGGCGCUGUUGUACCUGCAAGGCCCGUUUCCGCAGGAUGAUCUGGAAACUUGGGUCAAAUCGGAAAGCAAGAAACAAAGAGACGACGCGAUCGAUAUCUUGAAACGGCUCUCUAUCUUGACUCACCCGAACCCGGUAAUCGACAAGGUCAUCGAGGAGAAGACCGAGAAAGAGAAGGGCGAGAGACAGAAAAAAACCGUGAGGCUUCCCGCUUACCAGGUCACCAAAGAGUUUGCUCGCUCGCUUCAACAAGCGCUCAUGGGCUCUGAGAACUCCCAGUCCUUUGGUGUCUUCUCUCAAGGACCUGACCAGACCCCCGUUUCGAUUGCCGACCUGGACGACUAUGCGCGGCGGCAGUGGGAAGGAGUCCUGGGAUACAUGGUGGGAACAGAUGCGCUGGGCGGAUCGCGCGAGGUCAAACUAAGCAACGGGGUGAAACAACUGUUGCAAGCUGGCCAUUUGGUGGAGAUUCGUGAUCGCCGAGUGGAUAUCACCAAGGACGGGUUUGGGUUCGUGCUGCAAGAUGUCAAUACGCAGGUCUGGCAUAUCUUGAUCCUGUAUGUGGAAAGCGCCGAGGCCAUCGGCAUGGAUAGUGUCGAGGUCCUCUCCUUCCUCUUCCUGCUGAGCAGCUUGGAGCUGGGCCAAUCCUACGAAAAGCGACACUUGAAUGAGGUCCAACUGCGCACCCUCGCCGAUCUGUCCGACUUUGGCAUUGUUUACCAGGACAACCCAGACGCCCCAUGCUUCUAUCCCACGCGCCUUGCAACCACGCUCACUUCUGACUCGGUUGCACUGAGCAAUCCUGUAACUGGCUCGAUUACGGGACCGGUCAGCACUUCCUCUGGCGGUGGCACUGGGUUCAUCAUCAUCGAAACCAACUACCGUCUCUACGCCUAUACCUCCUCGCCCCUCCAGAUUUCCCUCAUUUCUCUCUUCACAAAUCUCAAAUACCGCUUCACGAACCUGGUCACUGGGAAAAUCACGCGCCAGUCGGUGCGCCGAGCAAUCGAGAUGGGCAUCACAGCUGACCAGAUCAUCUCGUAUCUCUUGACACACGCCCACCCCCAGAUGCGCAAGCACAACGCUACAUAUUCUACGUCCAACGCUUCAGGCAUCCCGCCCUCUGUGCUGCCGCCCACCGUGACCGAUCAGAUCAGGUUGUGGCAACUCGAGCGGGACCGUCUCCGAGCCACAUCGGGUUUUCUGUUCAAGGAUUUCAGUGCCUUUAACGAAUACCUGGCUCCAUGCCAGCAUGCUGCAGAGAUCGGUGUGCUGGUUUGGAAGUCGGACAGGAGACCCUCCCGGUUUUCAACCCGUUUCCUAAAUCUCACGACAUGUCGGAUCAUCCGGCAAAAGAAUGCGAACGUCGGGGACUCGCCGCAACUCUCCCACUCUGGACAAGUCCCUCGUCGAGGUGGCGAAAAGACCUCGACUUCCGCAGAUGGAAUGGGACCAGCAGCAUAG